AGGGAUUAAUCUUUGUCCUUUGAUUUCUGAGUGGGCUCUGAGGUUCUCUGUUCCUCUGGGUGCCAAGUCCUUCCUUUGUCUCUAGAGGGAGCCACACAUUUCAUGCAGUUAACCCGUGGUGAGCAGCAAACCACCGUUUUACAAGUUAGAAAAACUGGUUGCAGCCCCAGAGAUGUCCCUUCCUUCCAAACAGGCACUCUGUCAUCUAGUGCAAGCCUGAUGCUUCCCACAUGCCUGUAUGCUGACCACUGAGAGCCUUGCUGCUGUGGCACAGGGUGCUCCUGGCUUUUGCCUUGAAGUUUAUUUAAAUGAUUUUCAUUUCUCAUUUAUAGACUGUAACCAAAGACAGGCCAUCUGAGCAAGUAACUGAGAAGUAAGCAGGGGUGUGGAUUUAACUAGCCCCAGGCAGUCCAUGAUAGCUGUCUGUCUGUCUGUCUGUCUGCCUGUCUGCUGCUGCCCUGAAGAAAGGGAAGGAAUUUAUCUCACUUCCAGGGAGAAGCAAGCUGCUUCACCUGUCCUCACAUUUACCAGACUACAUUUGGACAGAAUAAUUUGAAAAGAAGAUGAAGCACCUCCUGUGCCUGUGUUUACUCCUUGUUCUUUGUGCCAUAACUCAUUGCCACCAUGAAGACAUUUGCCAUGCAGUCAAUAACACGAAAUUGCACGACGGAACAGAAAAUUUAUUAACACAUAAAUGUGGCAGGCAAGGGUCUAAAUAUGCAGAUUUUGCAUUUAAAUUUUACAAGCAGGCUAUAUCAAAAGAAGCAAAUGCAAAUGUUUUCUUUUCUCCUGUGAGCAUCUCCACUGCCUUUGCCAUGCUGGCUGUUGGUGCUAAGUCAACCACCUUGUCUCAGAUUUUUGAAGGACUGGGCUUUGACAAUCUGAAUGGGACUCGUACACAUGAUAUACAUGAGAGUUUUCAUAAAGUUUUAGCAGUACUGAACUGUACUGAUAUUAACAUGACAUUAAGUAUAGGGAAUGCCCUUUUUACAGCUCUUGGUCAUGAACCACAGGAGACAUUUUUGGAAAAUAUAAAAAAAUUUUAUGAUGUAGAUUUUUUUUCUACUGAUUUCCAUAAGCCAGAAGUUCUGAAUCAAAUCAAUAAAUAUGUAGAAGAGAAAACCAAAGGGAAAAUUCCUGAAUUAAUCAAUCAUCUUGAUCCAAGCACAGUACUGGUUCUUGUUAACUACAUUUAUUUUAAAGCUGCCUGGGAAAAAUCCUUUGAUCCAUUGCGUACAUAUGAGGAUAAUUUUUUUCUGAAUAAAAAUGUAUCUGUUAGAGUUGACAUGAUGCAGCAUGACAGUGAAUAUGACAAGUACUAUGAUAAGGAUCUGUCUUGUGAGGUGGUAGAGCUGCCUUACCAGGGCACUGCACGAGCACUGCUCAUUCUGCCUGAUGAUGGAAAGAUGAAGCAAGUGGAAAAUGCUCUCUCCAAGGAAACUGUUUGUAAAUGGGAAAACAAUCUUAAGACCAGGAAAUUAAAUCUGCAGUUGCCAAAGAUUUCUAUUAGUGGGUCUUAUGAUGUUAAAAGCCUGUUCAAGGAGAUGGGCAUUACUGAAGUAUUCUCUAGUAAUGCUGAUCUGUCUGGAGUUACUGGCAGCAGUAAUCUUCAGGUUUCACAAGCAAUUCACAAGGCCCUCCUGGAAGUUAAUGAGGCUGGAACUGAGGCUGCAGGAGCCUCAGCAGUUCUUCUUAACAGAGGUUUUCGUCCUUCUCUUCCCAUCACAUUCAACAGGCCCUUCAUUAUCUUGAUCUCUGAUAAAGUAACAGAUACCACACUUUUCGUGGGGAAAAUUGUCAAUCCUACUAAGAAGUAAUUGCUGAGUUACUGGUUUCCAACAUGAGUCAUUAUGGCUACAGUGUGUGCACCUGUGGGCUAGCUAGUGGUGCUAACUACUUUCUGAUUGGGAGAUUCUGGGAGGUAAAUGAGGAAUUUCCUCAUCAAACUAAGAAGCAAAAAAAAAAAAAAAAGUAAAAAACCCUCAAGCUAAUGACAGUUUUAAAAUGUAACAUUUUCUCCAGCUGAGUAAUUCAGGUUAUUAACACAUUUUCCAAGUUUUCUUCAGAAUGCAGAUUUCGGUAAAGUCUGCUGUUAUUUUACAAGUGAAUUCUCUCUGCUAAGUAGUUUUGUCCAGACCACUUUCAGUUCUGGGUUAUUCUCCAAAAUCUUUAUCCUAAUGUGUAUCAAGUCCCCUGAAAUUCUGUUGUAUUCUCUGAGACUUGCUGAUGAUCAGUGUUCACCUGAGCUAGUGCCUAUGGAAUCCUUUUUCCCUUAGAGAGAGUCUUGUGCUGCCUGGGUCAUUGCUAUUUGCCCUCAAUCAACCUGAUCUUUUGCAUAUGUUCGAACUGUUGCCUAGGAUGUCUUAAAAAAAACAUUGGCAAAAAAGAGAAAAUACCUGAGACAACAGACCUGCAGCAUGCAGCCCACAUGGUCAAGAAAAAGCUUAGAGUGACCUUAGGCACAAACUGCCAAAGAAUUGCUCUGCUGCAAUAUCAUCCCUUAAUUAUUGCUGUGCUUGAUGAAUAAAAUAAGCAUUGUCAUUUAAAUCUGUCAUUUAAGGACUAA